CCCGAUACGAACCCGAACCAUGACAGAGACCGCUCCCGUACCGGCCACCCCUCCGGCCAAAGCAAAGGCCCCCAGGAAGAAGGCCGCGGCCAAGAAGAAGGAGGGCCCCAGCCUCCAGAAGCUGAUCACCGGCGAGAUCGCCGCCUCCAAAGAGCGCAAAGGCGUCUCCGUGGCCGCUCUGAAGAAGGCUCUGGCCGCGAAGGGCGUGGAUGUGGCCAAGGCCAACAAGCGCAUCAACACCACCCUCAAGAAGCUGGUGACCUCUGGUGCCGUGAGUCAGACCAAGGGCACUGGCGCGUCCGGUUCCUUCAAACUGGCCAAGACCGAGGCCAAGCCCAAGACCGUGAAGAAGAAGGCCGUCGCCAAGCCUAAGAAGCCCGCGGCCAAGAAAGCAGCGAGCCCCAAGAAGAAGGCGGCCGUCAAGAAACCCGCAGCCAAGAAGCCCAAGUCCCCGGCCAAGAAAGCGGCGAAGAAGGCGGCGCCCAAGAAAGCAGCGGCUAAAAAGCCCGCCAAGAGCCCCAAAAAAGCGGCGCCCAAGAAGCCCAAGGCGGUGAAGAAGAGCCCCAAGAAGGCCCCCGCCAAGAAGGCCGCCCCUAAGAAGGCCAAAAAGUAACAGCUGACGCGACCCCCGCAACACAAAGGCUCUUUUAAGAGCCACCACUCUCACUAAAGAGCUUCAUCUUUGUCAGAGUCCAAUAUUGUGCCCGGUGCUUCUGUAGGUGUUUUUACCUCUCCAGACCAGUAUUCCUGUAAUGACAAAUAUCUCAAAACACAUGCUGCUACACCGCACAAACAGAAGUAGAUAAAAUAAGUAUAUUAAUGAGUUACCGCAUAUGUGAGUGUGGAGAGCAGUACAUGUACGUUAUGCCUAUUUAUGGUGCACUUUCAUACAAAAAUAUUUUUAUACAAUUAAAAACGUGUGUGGUUGAUAUCAGAGAGGACACGCAUAAUUGAUUAAAAUAUAACAGCGUCCUUAGCGUUUUAAAUGGAUAUCGUGUUAUUACAAAAGUACGAGUCGUAACAUAAGUUUGUGAGCGGUUGCGGUUACACGCCGCGGUUACACGCCACACAAACACAAACACAAACACACAGUAACAACAGAUUGUUACCUGAUUUUUGGAGUUAUUACUCUGUUUGAGAUGCCCUGUUAACAGCAAAGUCAUGUGAUUCAUUCUCGAUCAUGCUCUUUCUCUCAUUACUCACAUCAGAGUUUGU